AGAGGCGCACCCGUGCAGACAGAAGAGAAGAGACUUGUGAGAGAAGUUGAAGUUUCUCCUGAUCAUGGGUGGAUCGGCUUCCAGUCAACUGGAUGAGACUACAUCCAACUACGUAAAAGAGCAUACAGAGACAGAGCUGAAGGGUUUCGGUCCUCACUUCAGACGGCAGUACUGUCUGGCCCUGUACUCACAACUGCAGGAGGAGUUGGAGCAGCAACACACCAGCCCAGCACUACUUCUCAAACAGAGGGAGGAAGCAGGUGCGUGUGGGGUGCUCUACGAGGGGAGCGUCUCACAGUGUGAGGAUGCCAAGAAGUGGAAGGACAGAUGGGCCACCCUACGAGACCACAGCCUGGAGCUCCAUGACAACCAGGAGAUGUGUAAGAGAGGGACUCCUGCGCGUCAGAAGCUGAACCUGGUUGGAGGAACUGUGGUCACCUCGAAGGAGAAGUAUGAGGCCUUCGUGUAUAAGGCCGUUCCUGAUCUGAACAAUGGACAAGAGGAUUCUCCCCCAGAGCUGGUUCCCUCCACUGAAUUUCCGGUGUAUCUGAGGUUACCAUACCGACGUGAUGUUUACCUCUGCUGCCAUGACGACGGACAGCGGCGCAACUUCCUUUGCACGCUCAGUCACAGCAUCCGUCAUCAGAAUCAUGACCCUCUGCACAAACCCACGUGUGAGAUGCAGGCCUUCCUGGCCGCCAUUCACUUCCACAGACAGGAGAAAGGCCACUAUGAAUCAUGGGACAUGCUUGUUGGGAACGACACACAGGUCCUCACACAUCUGGUCAUGGAGGGGCUUAUUCCCUACCUGCAGAAAGAGCUGAUUCCACAGCUGAAGGGGAAGAGGGCAGAGAAGAGGAGAGCCUGGUUGUCUUUGGUGGAGGCUGCCCACACGCAGGUGCUGGCUCAGGUGCAGGAGGCACUGGGGAGCUUGAAAGAGGAGUGCGGUGCAGCAGCCCAACAGCAGGGGGCGCUGCUGCGCUCCAACAUGGACCAGAUCAGCUCCUCACGCACCUUCCUGGAGACCAAACUGAAAGCCACGGUGUUGGAGCGAGCCCAGAGUGUGUGUACGGAACACGUCACUCCAUACCUGAGCUCGGUGUUGGAGGAGCUGCUUGGGCCAGUCAAUGGCGGCUUCCUGGCCGUAAGACAGCUGUGUGAUGAACAGCUGGAGCGACUCUGCAAGGAUGUGCGCCAGGGUUGGACCUUCCAGCAGGUCCAGCAGGCCCUCCAGCAGGCCAGUAAAACAGAGCUGGAGGAGAGCUUCCGCAGUCUCGACGCUCUCCAUGAGAAGCUUCAGGAGCUCCAGCAACGCUUCAGCUUCUCCAACACCACCAAGCUGGUGCAAGGCGCCCAGAAACACAUGCAGCAGCUGAUGGACAAUGCAAUGUACACAUUUGAGUCUCUGCUGCAGUCUACUGUGAAAGACAACCCUGCGCAACUGGGGUCUGUUAUGGAGAAGGCCAAAAUGAGGGUCCUCAAGCAAUAUGACUACGACAGCAGUACAGUGCGGAAGCAGUUCUUCCAGGAGGCGCUGAUGGACAUCACAGUCCCCGUGCUGAGGAGACACCUGAGCCCCUCGUGCAGACCGGAGUUGGAGAAGUUUGAACAGUACAUAUUUGCAGAUUGCACUGACUUCAUAAAUGUGGAGAAUGUCUAUGAGGACAUUCUGAAGAAGACUCUCACCCCUGAAGUGAAUAAAGUGGUGAAGGAGGCAGCCAGUCAGAAGAAGCACAACCUGUUUGUGGACAGCUCCGACCUGCAGGCCAUCAGCCAGGGCAGUCUGAGCGGCAGCCGGACUCCUCCUCCUCCUCUCUCGACGCCAGCCAGCCCUCCCAAGCAGGCGGGCGCUACCCGCUUCCAGUUCCAGCAGGCCGAGUUGAAGCCCUCCCCCCUGGCCAGCAGCGAUGGGGCGUCCGAAGGGCAGAAGAAGGAGGUUGCAGAGGAGCCACAGGACCAGCAGGAGAAGCCGGUAGAAGAAGUGAAGAAGGAGGAGGAGCCCCUGAAACAACAGGAGGAGCAGGUAGAAGUGAAGAAGAUGGAAGAGCAGCAGCCCAAAGAAGAAGAGAAGCCGCUGAAACAACAGAACGACAAGGUAGAGGAAGUGAAGAAGGAGGAGGAGCAGCCUCCCAAAGAAGAAGAGGAGCCGAUGAAACAUCAGAAGGAGCAGGCAGAAGAAGUGAAGAAGGAGGUGCAGCAACCCAAAGAGGUAGAGGAGCCGCUAAAACAACAAGAGGAGCAGGCAGAAGAGGUGAAGAAGGAGCAGCAGCAGCCACCCAAAGAUGAAGGAGAGCCGCUGAAACAACAGGAGGAGCAGGCCAAGGAGCAGGGCAUUGUGACCCAAGUUGCUUUGCCUCCUCCUGAGCUUAAGGAGGAGGUGUCUCCUGGGCCACUGUCCAGUCCUGAAGCUCUGUCAUUUUUGGAGGAGCCUGAACCGGUGCCCACAGACUCUUCUACAGUCCGCACAGACAGAGCUAUCUAUCUCAACCCCCCCGCGGGGGUCCCAGCCGGCAGCGCAGUGCCUCUCGCUGAAGACGACGACGACUCGACCCCCCCUGUUCCGACCCAGGUAGCUGGGCCUGAGGCCUCCAGCACACCACCAGGGGGCAGCAGCGAGGAGAUGACAACUACAGCAACAAUGGCGGCAGUGGUGAAUGCUGUUCUGUCGGCGCAAGCUGAAGUCUAAAGGGGUCUGGCGGUCAGUCAGCUGAGGGUGAGAGUGACCACCCCCUUUGGACUGGUGGUCUCUGAGCCAACAGCAGAGGACGCCAAAGCACUUCCAUCAGGGACGCGUGAAGUGGAGGAGGAAGAGGAGGACGAGGAGGAGCCUUUGGACUGUGUGAAAGCCAUUUGUGAUCUGGUGGUAGAGGUCAUCGAGGUGGAGGACAUCAUCCAGCCCUGUCCUGAUGCCAGCUCUACCUAGAGGCUAUACGCACUCUAAUGGACUCAUAUAGCCAAAGGCAGAGUAGCCUGAGUCACUGGGAUCUGAUAGACAGUAAUAGAAACACAUUAUCUAGACUAGAUAUCUAAACUAGAUACAUGUCAUUAACAUAGAUGGGCUUAAUACUAACAAUUGUACUGGGAGUUGAUAUUUGGCUUUUUAUUUGACUAACCAAAAGGACAUGCAGUCAAAGCUUGUAUUUUCACACAAUAGUUUCCAUAUUUUUAAUGCCUUACGUUAUAUUUUCUUGCCUAAUAGUUGUUUGCCUAAUGGCUUAAAUCAACACUAUGCAACAAUUUCUUUGUAUUAUUGAUGUAUGAUUUUAUGCAACAAUAGUGUGUAGAGUGUGUUCCGGGUUUUAACAUACUACAGAAAUCAAAGAAAGUGUCCACAUUGCUGACACCUGAGGACAUCAGUUGCUAGGCAUACAGUAAGCUGUCAAUAAGACUCAGGUUGAU